AGCAGGAAGGACAAGCCCACACUCAAGCUCCUCAGUCCUCUCUCUGCCUUCUCCCUUGCUGCAAGGAGUUCCAAGCCGAGUGAUACCGAUGUGUGCACCCGUAUAUAGCUUUCUUCCACUGGCACCUGUUCCCCUGCGGUGAAGGAAGAGAAAGAGGAAGACAGGAUCCAAGUUGAGCUUGGAAAUUCUAGAUCCUGCUGCUUUUGGUGUUGCAUCAGCUUGCCAUGGACAGAGGAGCAGGUAUUCCCAUGGAUGGAAGCCAGGAUGUCUGGGACUGGGAGGUCCUGCCUGACCACAGGAGCUCCUCCGUCGGCCAUGACAGCAAGAAUCUUGAUGAUCAAGAAACAGAGGAACAUAUUCUGCCUCCAUCAGGAGGUGCCGAUGUUCAUGAUCCCGUCGACGAGUGCAAGGACAUUGGCGUUGUGCCGGAUGAGACCAAACCAGUGCCUAGUGUGGCUGAUCUGAUGGUAUCUGACGGAGACGAGGAAGAGAAGACGUUCCAGAGCCCUGAUGCUAAGGAGGCUGACGAUGACGGUCCUCGUCAAUUCGCUGAAGAGGAAGAAGAUGUCAAGAAGGACGACGGCGUGGCGCGGCCGGAGUGUGUGAUUUUCAGCGUGGGGAAGCUGAAGGUGAACGGGAUCGGGGCGCUGUGCUCGUUCGGCGUUGCAGCUGCCACCGUCUGCAUCUUCCUGAUCGGUGGCCGGCUGCAGCACCACCACAGGCAGCAGCAGCAGCAGAAGAUCCAGUUGCAGUUCUAUGGUGAUGAUAAGAGAAUCCAGCAGGUUGUGCAGCAGACAUCAAGGCUGAACCAGGCCAUGUCAUCUGUGAUGGGGGCAGGCGCUUCAACAAGGGCCAACAUAUCAUUCGGUGGCUUCUACGAUGGGUUCUGAUCAACUAGAACGAGUAUGAAAUCAAGUGCAAGUUGCCAUUGUAGCAGGUAGCAACUUACGCAUGGUACGGCCAAGUGGUCUGAAACUCUGAAUGUAUACUGUCACGUACCUGCACAUACUAUAUAUUGGAUGUAAAUAAUUGGGUUGUUAGACCAUGGCUUACAUACAGAUGAGGAUGGAUUAUAGGUCUUUUAAGUUGAUAGAUAA